UCAUCAUCAUCAUCAUCAUCAUCAUCAUCAUCCACCCGAUGCGACCCUGACUCAGUCCAAACAGUUUUCGUUCUCGCGACCUCGGCUGAGCCGAACUCCAUUGCGCGCAAUGGGCAACGGAUGCCGGCAACCCACCUACUCAGCCGCAUCGUCUCACGAAUGACUACAAUAUUUAGUCAUUUAGAGUACGAUGAAAAACGCCGAAUUCAAGAUAGAACGACAACGCUUGCAGUGAAUCAACUAUGCCACGGCCAAGAAAGUGGUAUCCAGGUGGAUAUAUUUCCUAUAUGGAUAAACGCGGGCAUGUUCGUCAGCGUAGGGUACGAUUUUCCUCGCAGGCUGUUAGGGCUUGUACGGAGGAAAAUAGAACUCUUCAACAGGGGCAAAGUGGACGUUUAAGCACCCAUCAACGGGAGGAAUGUGCCACCUUCCAGGAUAUUCUUCUAGAUAGCAAUUCAUCAGAUGUAGCUGGAGUCAGCAAUCACAAGAAGAAAAAAGUGUCUGAGGCUGAGGGCUGGAAAGAUCUGCGAGCAGGUCUUGUUCGUGUCCACAUUGAAGGAUUCAGUCCUGCCACAAAAAAGUGCAGCUUCUGUGGCUGUACACAGGUCCCAGAGAUUAUCUGGUGUCCUGACUGUGGACCUAGAAGCCUUUAUUGCAAGGCUUGUGAUGAGAAGAUCCAUUGUUUGGUGCUGUAUCAUCAGACAUACAGUUGGAAAGAAGAUGCAUCAUUGUUUGCACCUGUGUUAAGAGAAACAACCAUUUUGUCUGAGCACCAGUGUGACAAGCUCUACUACCGUCAGAUUACAGUUUUUGAUGCACAAGGCAGAGAUCACACAAUCAAAAUGCAGUUUUGUGAGUGUGAGCCGGAAGCUGUAACGUUAGUUAGAAAUGGGUUAUGGCCAUCAACUCCGAAGAAGCCAGAGACAGCAUUCUGCAUGAAACUAAUGGAGCUAUGCAGAAUGCUACAACUAGAAGGGCAAAUGUCUCUGCAGAAAUUUUGUAAUGCAUUGCAGCGGAGGACAACAUUUCUGCACAGUCACAGCAGGGACUACAGAAACCUGUAUAAGGCACUGGGUAACACAAUUAUAGAAUUUCACCAUCAUCAGGUGUUGUGCCUUGAAACAGCUCAUGCCCACGAAUUACUGGGCAAGAAGUGCCCAAUAUGUAGCCUGAAGCCAGAGAGACGUGUUAUCUCGAUGGACGCUAAUUUUGGGCUUGUGCACAAGAUGAAUUCUGGAUUUGGACCUGGACUUGAACAUGCUAGAUUUAGUGUGUUUUGUCCAGAUGAUGAUGUCAGAAACUUUGUCAACACUCAUCAUGAGGCAACAUCGAAAUCAAGUAGCAAAUCUUCGGAAUGUUCAAAUUUUCAAGCAGGUGAUCUUGUCAGGUCAAAAAACAAAAAUGCAAAACUGGACAUCAGAGGAGUGUUUGGUGCUGUGUGUCAACAUGGUUUCCCUCUGCAUUUUGUGAAUAUGCAGCAUGGAGAGAGAUUUGGGUAUCCUGUAUAUAUUUUACAACAAAUUGCUGCAGAGCAGCUUUGCACAGCUAGUACAAAGCAAAUUGUGAUGUAUGAUGUUGCCUGCUCACUGCAGGCUCAUAUAACAAAGCAUUCUCAACUAUUUGGACAGCUGUCUGAAAAAUUUAGAUUUGUUGUUCCUGUGUUUCACAGCUUUGCACAUAUAACACAGUGUCAGAUGACAAAAGGACAGCGCUUUUGCGAGGGCACAGGAUUAAUAGAUGGUGAAGCUAUGGAACGCUUAUGGUCUUUCCUCCGCAGAUUUGCGUGGAGUAAAGAAAUGACUUUGCCCAACAGGCAAGAUCUACUAAGCAGUGCUCUGCUACACUAUGCCAGGAGGAUUUUUGUGUCAUUAGCUGACACACUGUCUGUAAGACUCAAAAAGGCAAGGGACACGCAGGCAAAAGCCAAAGAGAUUAUCCAUGAGGUUGAAAGCAAGUAUAGAGGAACUGCUGCAGAAUGGCUGCACAAGCUGAAGGAUACUAUAUCAACAACCAGUGGUCAUAGAGAAAGCUCUACCUCUGAUUCUCUGCUUGAGAAAGCGAGGAAGCUGUCAGCUGAGCGGCAGCAACUGCUGGGACUAAAGAGACGCUAUGCUGAUGGACAAAAAAUUGCCCAGAAAAUUGCGAAGAAGCUGCGGACAACAAACACUCAGCUGCAGUCUGUCAUUGGGUCUUUAAAAAAUGCAUUUCCAAACAUUUCACCAGCUGAAUUUAGAGACCCAGAGUCAGCUCUGUACACUCAUAUAGCACCAGAACUGAACUCAGAGCAAGUGAGGGCAGCCAAUUGUGCAGCAGACUACGAUCGUGGGAAAGAAGAGGAACAGCGAAUAAUUUAUGACAUUUGCCUUUUACAGCAGUGGCUGCUGGAGCAAAAUGUGUUAUUAUGUCAGCCAUCAGACUUAGUCAGUCGAUAUGAAUGUGCCCUAAACCAUGUUAAGUCUGUAAGUAAACAUAAAGUGGAAUGCCAGCUAAGGGAUCUGCAUGCGAAAUUUAACGAGCAGCCAGGAUUUUCGAAAGUCAGCAUUGACUACUCAGUCUCCAACCGACUGUCAUCUUCAGCCUUCACUUGCCAGCCAGAUUCUGAUGACAACGAGGAAUUAAUAGAUGUGAUUAGGGAAUUUAACUCAGAUAUCGAAUCAGAAUCUGAUGAAGACGAGGAGGAGGAGGAGGAGGAAGAACACUUUUUGCCAUAAGUGUUUGACCUUUUACUUAGUGUACUAAAGUGGACAAUUGAUAUAUUUAUUGAUAGCAUAGAGGUAUUUAAGGGAUGAUACCAUGUUUAUUUUGUUUCAAAGCAUUGCUACAACCAACCUCCAUGAUGUCUUUAUGAAUUCAUUGCUACAUUUUUGAACCAAUAAUGGUGUAAUGUAAUUCUUUUUUUAGCAAUGUACUCUUUUUUUUUGUAGCAUACAUACAAGCCACAUUCACACCUUGCAUCCAGUUACUUUAACCCACAGAAGCAAGCCAGUUAAUAUAUUUUAAUUACUUGGCAGUUAGCAUGUCCCUUUUCAUCUCACCUGUGCUUAAACUUUUUUGCCUGCAUGAUUUGAGCUGUGAUCAUCACUCAUUAUGUUGAUGCUUGUUUUACUGGUAACAUGUGCCUUUCUUUUUUAUGAUGAAUUUACUGAAAUAGUGUUUGGUUCACUUUUUGAAUUUUAAGCUAUUCAGUGAGCCACUCACUGCAGUGAUGACAAGUGAGUGUUUUAACCACCACACUACCGGGUAGUCGAGUGGUCAUCUUAAUAUUGUCUACAUUCUUAUUAUUAAGUGUUCCAAAAGUUCAUUGGCCAGCCUGCUCUACAGAUCUGAAUCCCAUUGAGCAAAUUGAGUAUCUAUUGUUGAAAUGAAUAUUUUCUCCAUUGGAUUUGGUUUUGUUUGGAUAAAUCAGGGUGUUGAAAAUGUAAAUAUUUUUAUUACAUUUGACAGAAAGAUUAAUUGUGUGUAGGUGGCAGGCUUGAAAUAGCCAUAUUAACAGUGGUGAUUCUCCUUUUACCAUGCAUACGACAUGUUGAAAUGUGUUACAACUUAUCAACGAAUUUAGCAGUCAUUUUCAGAGUAUUAUGGCAAAAGUGAGAAUGGCGUUUCAAGCAUUAAUUUUUUUUUUUUUUACAUAAACAAAAUGAAAUUUUACACUCUGUCAAAUUUAUAAAAAUUUAGUAUAUUGAUUGCUUCAGCAGACAAAAGUACCAUAAUGAUUUGUCAUUAUGUAUCUUUCUGCAUCUAAAUUUAGAAAGUC